GAGUCUCCCUACGCAGGCGCCGUAGAGUUGACGGCUCGUUUGGUUGGCUCUCGCAAACCUGUGCGACCUAGCCCAGGCCUCUUUCUCUUUUUGACAGGUGUUCCCGGGGUGGAGGCGACCACCGCACGAAAGAUAAGGGAUUACACACUCGAGACGGGUCAACGCCAUGGGCAGCAGCUGCCGCAUCGAAUGCAUAUUCUUCAGCGAGUUCCACCCAACGCUGGGACCCAAAAUUACCUAUCAGGUCCCUGAGGAUUUCAUCUCCAGGGAGCUGUUUGACACUGUCCAAGUGUACAUCAUCACCAAGCCUGAGUUGCAGAACAAGCUUAUCACUGUCACAGCCAUGGAGAAGAAGCUGAUUGGCUGCCCGGUGUGCAUCGAACACAAGAAGUACAGCCGAAAUGCCCUCCUCUUCAACCUGGGCUUCGUGUGUGAUGCGCAGGCCAAGACCUGUGCCCUGGAACCCAUUGUUAAGAAGCUGGCCGGUUACUUGACCACACUGGAGCUUGAAAGCAGCUUUGUGUCCACAGAGGAGAGCAAGCAGAAGCUGGUGCCCAUCAUGACCAUCCUACUGGAGGAGCUCAAUGCCUCCGGCCGGUGCACACUCCCCAUCGAUGAAUCCAACACCAUCCACCUGAAGGUGAUCGAGCAGCGGCCGGACCCUCCCGUGGCUCAGGAGUAUGAUGUGCCCGUCUUUACGAAAGACAAAGAGGAUUUCUGCAAUUCCCAGUGGGACCUCACCACGCAACAGAUCCUGCCCUACAUCGACGGAUUCCGCCAUGUCCAGAAGAUCUCUGCCGAGGCAGACGUGGAGCUCAACCUGGUGCGCAUUGCCAUCCAGAACCUGUUGUACUAUGGCGUUGUGACGCUGGUGUCCACCCUCCAGUACUCCAACGUGUACUGCCCAACCCCGAAGGUCCAGGACCUGGUGGAUGACAGGUCCCUGCAGGAGGCCUGUCUGUCCUACGUCACCAAGCAAGGUAGUGGCAAACCCUGGGGGGAGACUAACCCGGGGGGACAGGGCCACCGAGGGAGGAAGCCAACCCCGCCACCCGCAGGGCACAAGAGGGCCAGUCUCCGAGACGUGUUCCAGCUGUACUGCAGCCUGAGCCCGGGCACCACCGUGCGAGACCUCAUCGGCCGCCACCCGCAGCAGCUACAGCGCGUGGAUGAAAGGAAGCUGAUCCAGUUUGGCCUUAUGAAGAACCUCAUCCGGAGACUACAGAAGUACCCAGUGCGAGUGUCUCGCGAGGAGCGGAGCCACCCUGCCCGGCUUUACACGGGCUGUCACAGCUAUGACGAGAUCUGCUGCAAGACAGGCAUGAGCUACCGCGAGCUGGACGAGCGACUAGAAAACGACCCCAACAUCAUCACCUGCUGGAAGUGAGGCUGGCUGGCUGGAGCCCGUGGCUACGGCUACUCGCCCUACGAAGCCCUCGUUGGUCCACGGGGGCUAGGCCCUUCACGUGGUCUGGAGGGUGUAAAUAAAGCCAUCCCCUUCGCCUGUGGAUACUGAGCGCCGCCCCAGCCAACCACUAAAGACCAGGGAAUGUGAAAGCCAGCUAGCCUGGCCUGGCCAGAGCGCCAUCUGGUGGGCAGAAAUGACAAUAAACUGUUUUUUGGUUUGGU